GCAGGCGCUGCUCCAGCGACAAGCCCCCCCGGGCGCACCACUGCUCCACGUGCGGCCGCUGCGCGCUGUGGAUGGACCACCACUGCCCAGGACGAACACGUGCAUCGGGCACGACAACUUGAAGUCCUUCACCCUCUUCGUGCACUACGUGCCCAUCGCCUGCGUACACGCCCUCGCGAUCCACUCGGAGAUGCUCUGGAAACUGGCUCGCCUGUACCUGGGUACCAGGCGGGGAAAGUUUUGGAGCUUGUUCUGGAAGGGGCACACCCUCCUGACGAUCCUUGUCUGGAUCGCGAGCUUGGUCGUGGCUCUGCUGGUCGGCUCGCUGGCAUGGGAGAUGCACACCACACUGAGCACCAACAUUACUUUCGUGGAGGAGCUUGUCGACGAGAAGGCCCACGCGCGGCGCACGAAGUGCCUGCAAGAGGCCAAGUUCGUGUUCCCGUACGACCUCGGCCCGCAGCGCAACUGGGAGCUGGUGAUGGGCGCGAGGGGCUUCCAGUGGCUGCUCCCCGUCAGGCCGAGCCUCCCCGGCUACGACAGCUUCUGGCCGCCCGUGCAGCCCGGCAGCGGCCCCUUCGACCUCACACCGAGCAGCUCGCGCAGAAGGCGUACCGGCUCGGGCGGAGCUCCGUGGCGCGGGCGGCGGAGAGCUUCGAGGGCGCCCACGGCGGCAGGUGCCCACCGUUCUGGUGCCGCAUGCUGCGCCGCCUGGGGUGCCGGGCGGUGUGCUGCUGCGAGGCGUGCGGGGGGGCGCGGCUGGAGGUGCGGGCGGGGGAGGAGCUGCUGGUCAGCUUCAAGGGAGACGACUGGGUGUUUGGCAGCAGGCUGCAAGAUGGCACCGACGCGCCGUGCGGCUGGGUUCCCCGGAAGUGCCUGGACAUGGACGGCGCGUCCAAGUACCAGGUGCCGCUCCAGGCGAAGCUGCAGGGGCGGUGGCACACGCCGAAGGGCGCCGAGGUCAGCAUCACCGGCCUCUGCGUCAGCACCAGCCCAUCCCGCGCCCCCUGCGCGCUGCGGGCCGAGGCGGGCGCCACCUGGCUGCAGGGCGCCCAGCCUGGAGGCCUGGAGAUGGGCACCAGCACCAACACAGGGGGUUGGCCUCCACAGGGGGAAAAGGAUCCCAGAUUUCGGUGUCGGUGGUAAUAUUUCGGCCGCCUUGGAAGCCAGAGGUGUUACGACCAUCACCGAGAUCGGGACCGUCUUCCCUCGGUGGAGGCACACCGCCGACAUUGGUGCUGGUGUCAACCUCUAGGCCUCCCACCAGCUGCUCGGCUGCGACGGGCGCACCGCCAGGUGGUCCACCGGGGAGGCGCGGCGCUGGGCGGAGAGCGUCAAACGAUUUCGGAGGUUGAUCGGCUUAAGUCGGGCCUGUCCCUCCACAGCAGG